AUGUUUGGAUCGUUGUAUGUUUAGUUUAGUCUCACUCCCCGCUGUCAUUAUGAAAGUGAAAGUACACCGAAGGUCUGUGUUCUGCCAACAGUCGAUGUCUCAGUACUUUCUGUGCCGUUGCUGAGAGAGGAGCUUGUGCGGUGAAUAAACAUGGACCCCACCUUCCUCGUCUUUAUUUUUACUGCGAUUGUGUGGAUUGCUGCUGCAGAUUUGUCAGAUGCUUUUGUAAGCGUUGCAUGUGAGUCUAAGCACGUGGGACAGUUGGGCCAAAAGACGCUGCUUAAAUGUGUUGUCGAAACCUCAAAAGUGGUCGUUGAUCCAAAAAUCGACAUGUUUUCCUGGACGAAAGAUGAAAAAAAAUUGCUGGUCUAUCAAAGUGGAAAAAUCACCAAGCAGGAACCAGGCUUUAGGCUGGCAGAUCCAUCCUGGAAUGAAAAGAACAUGGACGUGUCUCUUGUCAUCGAUAACACUUCGUUAGCAGAUGCUGGAACAUUUACAUGUGAAGUGAUUACUGACAGCGGCGAUGGCAAAGCCGUCACCAACCUCCAGGUCACAGCCAGGUACAAUAAACCAAUAAUUCACUCCAUCCCUGAGAAAUUCACUGGAGUGUCAGACAGCGUUUUGAUCUGUGACGCCUACGGUGGAUACCCAGAAGGUCAAAUUCGGUGGUUUGAUGAGAGCAACGCAGAGUGGACAAAGAGCUCCCACAUGACGGUGCACCGAACCCCAAAUGGUCUUGUCCACCUGUCUAGCGAGUUGAGCUUGCUGCGCGGAUCGAUUUUCUCCAGUUACACGUGCGUGGUGUUUAAUGCCAGUGGAGACAAAGAUGAUGAAACCGUAUUUGAAGUUGAUCCAAUACAAAAAGGUGUCGCUGGAGACAGAGAGACAGACACAGGUACGAACAUAGUGGCUCCUGUUGUUGUGAUCGGUUCUUUGAUCAUUGGACUGCUGAUGAUCAUGGUGUUGGUGCGUUGUCGCAAGCGAUAUCAACGUAACAGUCCCAAGGCUGUCCCUGUUUGUUACUCGGACAUUGAACGAGGUGACAAACAUGAGAUCGAUGAAGAGCUGCCAGCAACGCUGUAAUGUUUGCAGGGGAAAAACAUUCCACACUGUGUUUGUCACAUAUUUACACUACUAGCAGCUGAAAUCAACACUUUCUUGUUUGCCUAACUCCACUGCUGAGACACACAACAUGUCCUUUCAUUAACAAGGAAGUAUGUUAUGCCUAUGAUUGAUCCGAGAUGUGAGUCAUCUUCAUUUACUUACAGCAUAAUGUGUUGGUAAAUACCUGUAGUUAAAUGUAUAUAUGUAUAGCCAAGUCCAGCAGCUACAUGUGAAGAAUCUGAUCAAGGCUACUGGUCCAGGACCAGCUGUUAACCUGGUUCCCUGUCGUUCUGAAAAACUCCAUUUACUGCAGCGUAGUAAAUGUAGCAUUUGUUUUUUCAACAUGAAAGCAUAGAAUUGAAUGCUCAGUGGACCUUAGUGUGAAGAGCUCAAAUGCCUGGCUGACUCUCUGUGUGUGUGUGUGUGUGUGUCAGAAUGAAACUGAAGCAGUUUGUUUUGAUUGAACAUUUUUUUAUUUUUUGUUUCUCUUUUUGACUUGGUCUAGACGCCUGUAAUUUUCUAAAUGAACCCAGGCUGCAGCUUUCAUUUAAUUUAGUUUUUUGUUUUGUUUCAUAAGUGUACCAAAUAAAUGAACUCUACGAUGUAGAAUACAGAUUAUAUAAUGAAGAAACAAGUCACACACUGUUUCACUGGGAUUUUUUUCAGGAAUUGUGUGAGUUCAUCAUAUGUUGGGGUUUUAAAAUGAAGAAAUAAAACUGUCAUGGGGCCACAGCCUGAUAUUUAAGGCUACAUAAAUGGCAAAUUUCAUAUCCUUUUUGUGGUAGACAAAAUGUUCGGCAGACAGAUUUGCUUCUACUUUUUCAGUGUCUCACAUGAUCCACGCUUUCUUUCCCAUGUAAAGUAAUACAACCAGUAGUACAACUAGUAGUACAACUAGUAGUUCAACUACUAGUACAACCGGUAAUACAACAAAAAUUACGUUGUUUUUCCCCCACACCGAUGGCAGCACUGAUUAAAAGCUCACUGUUUUUUUAAAAUCUUUUUAUGGUCUGUAUUGUCAUUGUACCACGAGGAUACAACGAAACUGAGCCUCUGCUUUUAAACCAUUACCAAGGGGAGCCGUAUUUAUAUCCUGCUCCAACUGUGAUCUAACUGUACCUUGUUUCUGUCUUUAAUAAUAUAAUAUAAUAUAAUAUAAUAUAAAUAUUCUUGGCAUUGUAGACAGUGCUAAAAGGCGUUGUGUGAUGAAUCAGUCCUACAAUUUCGAGAUAAAAUGAAUCACAUACUGAGGGCUAAUGAUUCACCUUUGAGCAGAAACUCAAACAUGUUUUUAAAAAUCCUUUAAUUAAUAACCAUGAAGCCAGACCACAAGUCAUCCUAACUUUUUUUUAAAUUGUAUAUAUUUUUGUAUGGAUUUUAUGUACAUUUAUGAUUUUAUAUUACAGCCAGAAUUUUCAUGUUGUCCAAUGUUCAUUUUGUGAUGAUUAACAUCCACUGUCUAAACUGUGAUCUUGGUGUUUUGUUUUAAAUAAAAUAUUUUUAUACCAGAAAA